UAUAUUUGUAUUCACGCUAGGCUUAAUUACAUAAGGAAGAAGUGUGUGGUAGGUGGCUUAAUCAUUUUAUUAGAUUAUUAGAUAAAGUGUAAACCUUCUACUUAAUGUUGAGUUAAUCAUAUCAAGUUUUUGAUUCAUGUUUUUAUAUUCUCAUAAAAUCAUAAGAGAUUUUAUUGUGAUAUACACUACAGGCACGUAUAUCGAGCAAGCUUGACAACAUUCGUAUCGUGUCACUGUGAGUCAUUAAGUUUGAUGAAUACUAGUAUACGUUAUGUCGACAAUAUAACAAUAGACUUGUUUAAUAUGUUGGGAGUUGGAAAGAAGUGCCGUUUCAUUAUGAUUUACACCACUGGUGGUGCUGUGUUUGUGGUAUAUCACGGGUAGAUAGUUUAAAUUGAAUUUUCUCAGAGUCAGAGUAGCAAUGUAACAUGGCUGUAAACAGUAACUGAAUAAGACUGUAUGAGUCAUAGCCAUUGUACUUAAUAAGUUAAUUUGUAAUUAAUAUAAUAGUUAAUUCCUGGUUUUCACACAAACCAAAACUUUCCACAUCUCAUUAAGUUUUGUUUUCGAUAACCGAAGCAAUUUUUACGUGUUGUAUGUCAUAUACUGGUUAACAACAUGUCUUUGAAACAUUCUAAUUCAAAAAAUAUUGAUGAAGAACCUCAUUCAGCUGCAAGUUUUCAACUUGGUAGUGAAGAUGAUGAUGAUGAUGAGAGUGGCACCACUAAUUUCAACUUUGCCACUGACCCCAAAUCAGAGUCUGGUUUUGAAGAACAACAAAACAUUCCUUACCAUUCUGUCAAGGAACAAGCGAGUCGUACAACUGGUAUGAGAAGAUCACGCUCAUUUACCCCACAUAUGAGAGAUCGUAUGAGAAGGAAACUUCAAUUUUUUUUCAUGAAUCCAAUUGAAAAAUGGCAAGCGAAAGGGAGAGUCCCGUGGAAGCUGGGUCUUCAGGUAAUCAAGAUAAUUUUUAUAACUGUCCAGUUAGCUCUGUUUGGAUACGAUGCUUCCAAGUACCGGCAACAGCAUGAAAAUACCGUCAAAACUUUCCGACACGUAUUUUUAAAAGGCUGGGAUGCAACGCGUGAGAUUGUUUCGUACCCGCCAGCAACUGGACAGUAUGCUGUUUAUACAAAACCAGAGUUCUUCCAAAAUAUUGACAACGUAAUUCAUAAAUAUGCCACUAUUACAGACACUACAAUUGGAUCUUAUGGCUAUGACAGUGAUGAUGAUGAAAUUUCUUCUAUGUGGUUUUGUAAAAGACAGUAUAGAAAAGGAGAGGUGUUUGCAUUUAAUGUAACUCUGCAUUAUGACAGUACCCCAGUGGAUAGUUGCCUCGAAAUUGCACCUUUGUACCCGGCUGGAGACAAGAGAUGGGAAAACUUUCACUUGCAAGAUUUCCUCAAAGACCAUAAUAGUUCAGUCAAUUUCAAUAACUUGAUUUAUGCUGAACUGAAGUUUAGCCUCAAAACUGUGUUUUUAAAAUCUCUGACAAGAUUUGACAGUCCAGACUGUUUUCUCUUUGAUAUAGUGAUCAAGUUUGACAAUUCUCUUCAUGAUGGUCAAGUCCUGGUUUUUUUAAAUGCUGACUCCAAAAAACUGAUUUGUAAUAGCAGCGUUCAGUAUGUUGAAACAGAUAAAGUUGAUUACUACUGGAGGCAAGUUUUGAAUGGCAUAGUUAUUCUUUUGUGUAUUAUGUCGUUAGCACUUUGUUGUAGAUCGCUUUACAAAGGGCAGUUACUACGACAACAGACUAUUGUAUUUUUUAACAAACAAUAUGGUAAAUCCUUAUCCUUUCAGGAUCAACUUGAAUUUGUUGACUUUUGGUACGUGUUGAUAACGGUUAACGAUGGUUUGAUAAUUGUAGGUUCUGCAAUGAAGUUUCAGAUAGAACAAAAGAUUAUUGAGGGCGAUCAGUAUAAUGUUUGUUCAAUUUUACUUGGUACUGGAAACCUUCUCGUGUGGCUAGGUAUACUGCGCUAUCUGGGAUUUUUCAAAAAAUAUAAUGUUCUUAUUCUGACCUUAAAAAUGGCUCUACCUAACGUUUUACGAUUUACUUUGUGUGUUAUGCUACUGUACUGUGGAUUCUGUUUCUGUGGUUGGGUUGUUUUGGGUCCCUAUCACAUCAAAUUCCGCUUCUUGAGCACUACAUCGGAGUGUCUGUUUGCCAUGAUGAAUGGGGACGAUUUGUUUGCAACCUUUGCCAUCCUCAAUACACACAGUGACCUUGUGUGGUGGUUCAGUAGGAUCUAUCUCUAUGUGUUUAUAAGUCUGUUUAUUUAUGUUGUUAUUAGCUUGUUUAUAGCAGUUAUCAUGGAUUCGUAUGACACCAUAAAAAGGUAUCACGAACAAGGCUUUCCGAAGACGGACUUGCAAGACUUCAUCUCGGAAAGUACCGAGGAAGCUACUAGUGGAGUGUAUCGCCAAGAUUCAACAAACAAACAGUUGAUGGAUUAUUUGAUAAUGUGUUGUUUGCGACCGUGUCGGCAAAGGCAGAGAGAAUAUGAAGAGUUUUAAAAAAAAAGAUUAGUUUGAGAACCAGUUAGUGAUAUAAAUCAUGUAUUGCAUCAAGUGUUUUCUUCUUCAUUUUAUACAUGUUACCCAUGACAAACAUGUGAUUCAACAGUAAAAUUGUGUUUUUGUUAGGUUUACCGGAGUAAGAUUGUCAUUUCAAUUAAAAUUAUCUCAUCAAGUGUUUCCAUUAUGUAAGUAUGUUUAUGUUUCCAUUAUGUGAGUAUGUUUAUGUUUCCAUUAUGUGAGUAUGUUUAUGUUUCCAUUAUGUGAGUAUGUUUAUGUUUCCAUUAUGUGAGUAUGUUUAUGUUUCCAUUAUGUGAGUAUGUUUAUGUUUCCAUUAUGUGAGUAUGUUUACAGGAAACUGAUUAGAAAAGAUUAGCAUUUUUUAUUAAAAUACUAAAAAAUUCGUGUGAGUUAUUUUAAGGUGUUGUACAUGACAGUGUAUGCUGUGUAGUCAGAAUAAGAUGUAUGUCAUGUAAACAAAAUAUGAUGUAUGGCUUAUAAACUGUCAUGUAAACAAAAUAUGAUGUAUGGCUUAUAAACUGUCAUGUAAACAAUAUAUAUGAUGUAUGGCUUAUAAACUGUCAUGUAAACAAUAUAUAUGAUGUAUGGCUUAUAAACUGUCAUGUAGACAAAAUAUGUUGUUAUG